GUUCAACGUGCAACCUUUAGGAAGACAAACAACUAGGUCCAUUGGUAGUUGCACUUGCGCAUCCAUGUGGGACACUCCCCAACAGGAAACAACGACCUGCGAGUCAGGAGGCGCCUCUUUUCUGGUUGGCAUCCAGAUUACUCCCAUCUGUGCUGAGCGUAAACCCGGUGCGCACUGCUGCUGCCUCUAACUCCAAGACUAAUUUAAAUCAGCGCUUUGAACCCCGAGCCCGCUGUGCUGUAGUCGGGUGUUGUGAAUGUGUUAGGUGCCCUGCUUUUGUCAGUCCACGGAGCCUGAUUGACUGCAGAGCUACAUCUGCGCAAGAAGUUGUUUUUGGUAGUUUACUGUUCACUUGAGGGGAGUUUAAAGGAUCGCAGCAUGGAUACAGCCAGCGACUCUAUCGGAGAAAGUAAGCCGGUGUGUCAGUGUGCCCCCAAGUCUGCGGUCCAGCGGUGGCUGCCAGGUUUCCCCAUCGCGCUGUGCCUGCUGAUGUCCCUGAGCUCCAUCACCGUGUGUCUUCUGAUGAGCUUUAAGACCUACCAGCUGGAGAACAGACUGCAGAUGGAGAUGGACAAAGCCUCCAUCUUCCAACCCCCGCAAAGGGCUUUUCUAAACGAGGAUGGGACCCUAAUUUCAGAGCUGAGCGCCCCAAUCCGGAAACUCGUGGACGAGAAAAUGGUGGUUCUGAUGCCCAAACUGCGGACAGCUAGAGAUGUUGGCCAAGAGUGUUCCUGUCCUCCAGGGCCUCCAGGAAAACGUGGAAGGAUGGGAAGAAGAGGGGAACCUGGGCCUCCUGGCAAAUCUGGACGCGAUGGAUACCCGGGUCCACUUGGCUUAGAUGGCAAACCUGGUUUACCAGGUCCCAAGGGAAGCCAGGGACCAGCUGGACCCAAGGGAGAAAAGGGUGACCAAGGAGACGUCGGGCCAAGGAUGGUUUUCCCCCGGUAUGACCAUGGCUUUCUCUCUGGAGAGCAGUCCAGCACCUUUCAGAGACGCUUUCUGAAGGGUGAUCAGGGUCAGGCCGGACCCGCUGGUCCUCCCGGUCCUCCAGGGCCCCCUGGUCCUCGUGGCCCCCCUGGGAACACCGGCAAGGACGGACCUCGUGGCCCUGCUGGAGAGCCAGGUUUUCCAGGUCGUGAUGGCAUGGAGGGGCCACAAGGAUUGCCUGGAAAGCCGGGAGAAGACGGUGAGCCGGGCUAUCCUGGGAUGCAGGGUCCUCCGGGCGCAAAGGGUGAGCCAGGUGCAGGAGAAAAGGGAGAGAGAGGCUUGGAUGGGUUCCCAGGAAUAAAGGGUGACAAAGGAGAAGCAGGAGAACAAGGACCCAUGGGUUAUCCUGGUGAGAAAGGCGUCGCCGGCUCCUCAGACAUCGUUGACUUCAACGGCAAGCUUCUAGAUGCUUUCCAGGGCCCACCUGGACCCCCAGGCCCUCCAGGCCCUCCAGGUGAAAAGGGGGAGCUCGGUUUGCCUGGACCGGCAGGAGUCGAUGGAGAGAGGGGACCCAAAGGCGACAUGGGUGAGGUUGGACCUCCAGGAGACAGAGGAGAAAAGGGGGAGAUGGGUCUCUCUGGACCUGCUGGUGUGGAUGGACACAAAGGAGAAAAAGGCGACUGUAGACUGGAUGACAACCUGGUUCAGAUGAUUUCCCAGCCGGGUCCACCAGGCCCACCUGGCCCACCAGGAGUACCCGGGUCCCCUGGAUCCACAGGCCUGCAUGGAAUGCCUGGUCCAAAGGGUGAGCCAGGAGUCGGGAUGAGGGGAGAGAAGGGAGAAGCUGGUGCUCCUGGACUCAGAGGACUGGACGGUCACCACGGCCCACCUGGGUCUCCAGGGUUAGUGGGUCUUCCAGGUGCCAAAGGAGAAAAAGGCAGACCGGGGGAGCCUGGACUAGAUGGGUUCCCAGGUCUGAUGGGAGAUAAAGGUGACCGAGGGGAACGAGGAGAGAAGGGCGACAGGGGAACAGUAGGGAAAAGAGGUCUAAAAGGCCAGAAGGGAGAACAAGGUCCUCCAGGCCUGGACCAGCCUUGUCCUGUGGGUUGUGAUGAGACUAAAGGUCUGUCUGUGAAGGCAGGAUCCUCUUCCUCUCAAACUUCUCCUCCUCCUUCCGGCCCUGAGGCCCCCUGUCCUGUGGGACAGGACGGGCUCCCAGUACCAGGCUGUUGGCACAAGGAGGAAAUGGCGAGGCAGAAGCUCAAACGCAAGCGUCUCUCUCAGCCUUGAACGGGUGCAGGGCCUGGUGGAGAAAGGACACAUAGACAAGGCAGGAAGCAUGAGGGGCAGAUUGGCUUUUUUUGGUGAAGCACAGCUAGCCAUGUAAUGCCUCUGUGUCAAACUGAACACUCAGAUCCUCCGUUGUGGAAACUCUCCAGGAGGGGGCGACAGAGAUCACUGCUUUUCCACAUUCAUCGCUGAAGGGAAGACAUACCUGUUGCUCAUGUGUAGCUUGAUAACCAGUUGAAGUUAUUUGGGAGUCGCUGGCACAUAAGGAAGGAUUUACUGUGCAGAUACAUUAAACGUGUUGUGGUGAUCUCUUGAAUGAGUCUUUUUGUAAAGGUUUUCGCUAAUUAAUGCAUGAUUAUAACAAGACACAGUGUUGUUUAUCAUCCGACUUGUGGUCCCUCAUUGAAACCUCAAACAGCCCGUUUUUCACUUGCAAUAUGCAGUCUUUCCAUAUGAACAAGUCGCUCAGAAAUGUCAGUAAGUCCACCUUUUUAACGGCUUACAUUUGUGACAUCGGUGACUUGCGUGUAGUUUUGUAUUGUUUUGGUAUACUCUUACCUAUUUUUCUCCAGUUACAUUUUGCAUUCCUGUGCAUUACCAUGUUUGUGGAAAAAAUAAAUGAUGAAACUUUAAGGCCAGAUUUGAAGCUUACAGCAUAGACCGUGUUCAUGAUGAAUCUGUGUUUCAGUUGCCAAUAACUGAUGCAUUUUGACUGAUCGUUAUGUUUAGAAGGCAUGUUUAAUUACUGCUGCCAGAUUCUCUGGACAACAGUAGGAGUUCUUGCUGCUGACUUAAAUGUGUGUUGUUUGUUUGAUAUUUUUUGAAUCAAUAUUAGUCAUGGACUGAAGGACUAAUGUACUUAAAUAUAAGAUUUGAAUUAAAUAUACACACAACAGCUGUUUCUUUGGGGUAACUGUUCCCUUUUUAUUCAGCAGUACAAUUUAGCACAGUGUUAACCGUAUGUAUAACUGUCCAUUAUCAUGCGUUUUGUGUGCGUGCUUUCUCUCAGUUAUCGUAAAACAGUUGUACAUCUUGCCGUCAGAUGACUUUUACUGGUAUGUUGUGAUUUUUCUAAUCCAUUUUUUUUCUCAGAUGGAAUCAUUUCUUGGUGCUUACAUGCUUUUAUGUGCGUGUUUGAAAGCUCUAUUCAACGUGCAUAUGCAAAAAGACACUCUUGCAAAGAUGCAUACUUUUUACAAAACUGUAAACAGCGAGAAACAAAUUGUACUGGCUUGUGCUGAUAUAUUAUUAACGGUUUUUAAAAAUUCUUUGAUACAUGAGAUUACAUAGGAUCAUUAUGGACAGACGGACAUUUACAUUAAUGGGAACCGAUGUUGGAGUUUCUUGGUGGACAUUUCUAUUCUCUACGUUGAUAUGGGUUGCAGUUUUUUGAUACAGUAUGAAUAUUAUUCAGUAAUAGUCUUUUUGUAAGGCAGAAAGCAUAUUUGGAUUAACAGCUAGACACAGCUGGCUGGCAGUUACGUACAACAUUUUCUGCAUUUUUUUCAACAUGUAAUCUAAAUGUUGCAUUGAUUGAUCGACACACAGGCUGCUGAGCAUUUCUAAUUGCAACAAACAAUAUUUGCAAAUGUGUAAGUUCAGAGUGAGUAGUAUUGAUCAUUUGAAAUUGUAACGUUGCAAUUCUCACAUCAUGUAAAACAGAUUCUACAUCAGUGGGAUAUUUAUGAUGUGAAGAAGGGUUUGGAAAGGUCAGUGCACCAUAUAUGAAACUUUAACAGUAUCAUUCAUUUAUGAAAUUACAAGUAUUCUAAUAAUGUUAUUUCUGAAACUGUAAUUUGUAAAUGAAUUGCAAAUCAUUAAACCCAAGCUUUAUUUGUGAAUCGAUGUAUGUUGAAUGAGAAAUCAUGCAGAAAACAGAACAGUCUGACUUUAAAAUCCACAUUUCUAAGCAUUAUUCAUGGAAGCUGAUGGUUAUCUGUCACCUAACAUUAUCAUAUGUGUUUAUUUCUUUUGCAGAUUCUAUCAGUUUUUUUGUUGUUGUUUUUUUUAAUGGCUUAAUGGAGGGAGUACAUGGCACAAUGUCUGAAUCCAGUUUGCAAAUCUUAUACCACAGUGUUAGCUUGACUUUGUGAGAAUGUUUUUUUGGUUGUGUAUUUGGUUGUAAAAGAUUUAAGCUAUUUUUGUAAUUGUCUGAAUUUGUGUAACAUGAUAUCUGGUUAACUAAACAUGUAGACUGAAAUAAACUCUCUAGUUAACUGGUUUCUUGUCAUUAAAUCCUAAUCAUGUACAAUA